UGGGCUAUUAAUCGAAACUUGACUUGAAAAACAAACUUCUUGGUACGAAGCGAAAGAGGAUGAUUUGACAUUUUUCUGCCAAACAUUGGGCUGAACUGAGUUGUCACAUUGGAACCUCUGAGAACAGGAGAGGGAAGAAGUUAUCCCAAAAGGCUUAGAAUCUGAAUUGAAAAAACAUUUUGUGGUUUUCUGAUCAAGAGAUCCGAACAGGUGGAUAAAUGACCAACGAAAGUCUGUUUAGCUCUGAACCCGAUGGUUCCUUAACCAAAGUGGACAUCGUUUUCGCCGUGAUUUACUCGUUGAUUGUUCUUCCUGGAAUUGUGGGCAACUGCAUCAUCUUAAUAAUUCUGUGGAAGAACUCCUCGAUGCACACAACAACAAACUAUCUGCUGAUGAACUUGGCUGUGGCCGACCUGAUCACUUUGCUACUCUGUCCCGGUUUGUACGAUUUUGCCAUAACGAAAGUUCAUCUACAGGGUAUCACCGGAGACUUGAUUUGUAAGCUGUUUGUGGGGAACGCUAUCGUCCCCAUCACCAUUAACACAGCUGUACUGACAGUUUGCACCAUCGCCGUGGAGAGAUAUAUGGCGCUUGUGAAACCGUUUCGCACCGCAAAACUGACUAAAGAAUCUGUUAAAUAUGUUAUAGCAGUUCUGUGGCUGUUAGCUCUACUGUCGUGCAUACCAGAUAUUCAAGCCAAUACGUACGACAUCUCGUCUACCAAAUAUCCUUGCAAGCGUCCAUGGAGUUUGGAUGAAUAUUUCUUUCACAAACCCUUCAUCAUCUUCACCUGUGUUGGGUUUGGUCUCAUGAGUUCCUCGAUACUCAUCUUCUGUUAUUUUGAAAUCAUCCGUGGAUUAUACUUUACCAGAACAAUUUGUUCGGAAUCGACAUGCAAUGUCGAAGAAAGAAAGGCCAAGAAGCAAUUGGCUCGACUAGUAAUUUGGUUGGCAGUCGUCUUUGCUGCGUGCUCGCUACCAUUCUCCAUAUAUUUCAUUUUCUUGAUAUCGGCCGACAUUAGAACUGUCAAAGAGAACUACAACGUUUUGUUUGAGCUUCACAGGGCUACACGGUUUUUACUGUUCUCGAACUCUUUUUUCAACCCCUUGUUAUAUGCCUUACAGAGCUCGAAUUAUCGAGACGGAUUUAAGUUAAUUUGUAAUGUCAAUUCUGGAUUGCUUUGUUGCAAGCGUGAACAUGUUGCGCGAAGUUUAAGCCUCACUCGAGGAGGGGAGACAUUGCAUUCAUCCCAAGGAGUUUUUGUCGUAAAGGAGAUAGCGGUUUAAUUUCUAAAUUUAAAAACGAUGACUAACUGCAAUCAGUACUUAAAUCUAAAAAUGUAAGCCUUUUCCGCACCCCGAGAACAUUUCACUGCUUGCUAUUUUAAGGAUGUCAUUUUUUUCUUUCGAACAACCUGUUUGCGGCCCCACUAUAACAACAUUGAAGGAUGAGAUCAAAGAUUCUUCAUUUCGAACUAACAACCCGACAAAGACACUUGGGGGUACGAUAUAAUAUUUACAUAAGCGGAAUUUUAAUGUCAUACUAGAAAAAUAAAACUGACGGCUGACAAACUUAAUGGAGCUAUAAUGGUAUAAAAAUAACGUUUCUUCCAAAAACGUCUCGACCCUCUCACGAAGAUGUUACCUUUUUCAUUUUUUUAUUGACCUGAUUGACGUGUAUUAACUAAAAUGAUAAAUAUUUUUAGUGCAAAAUCUAGAUUUUGGCGUUAAUGUGGAUAACUUGACAGACAGUAAAUUUCAGGUAUUGUUUGCGCAAGGGUUAGAUCUUUCACUCUCCGAUAUGUUAGUAAUUUAGGUGUGCUUUGAAACUCAUUUUGAUAUAGCUCUUGAGCGUGAAGAUUUUGAUCCGCAUAAAAGACAGCAGACAAUUUCAAGUUUAAAUUUGAUCCAGACUAAAUAAAUUUCAAUUUUCUCUCUGUUGUGUUUUACCGGAAAAAGGAGCAAAUUAAUUGUUUCUAGCUUUUUCUCGAUGAAAGUAGACCCUAUGUUGACGAAACGUUUGCGACACGAUACACACAGACUGCGUUCGUUCUAUUUUCUAUUGGGCUUAGAGUUGAGUUUUGAGCGUAGGAUAUUUUUAGAAUAUAAAUACUAUGGAUUUUCUGGGAAAAUAAGUAGUCUUCUUCUUUUUAUUAAAACUUAGUUUGGGUAUUAUCAAGAGACAUCAGAAUAAACGGACAAUACUACCCUAGAAUGCAUAACUGUAUGGACAAAACAAAUUCAUCAGAACAACUGGUUCAACUUAACGCACACGUUGUCCCUAACAAUAUUUGCUUUGAUAACAAA